ACUACGGGAGCAGGGGUCACGAGUCCGUCCCAGCUCCCGCUUGUUCUUCCGCGAAAAAAAUGUUCAUUUCCAUAUGGCAGUACCUCUAUACAAACUUUUUUCGAUUUUGGUUGAAGUGGAUCUUGCGAUUGAUCACCAGAAAAUGCGAACUACAGCGAAUCUGUGAUGGUUUUAAAAGUGGGGAAAGAACAUACAAGAUGGAAAUUGCUUUGGAAUUCUCAAAAAAUAAGGUUUUACAAAAGGCUACAUUUGUCAAUCAAAAUAACAUAGAAGAAUGUGUAGAAGAUAUAAUGAAGGAAAAGAAUAUUAACCCAAAAAAGGACAAAAGGUUUAAAGUCUGCAUGAAAGCAUGCUUAUUGCAGAUAUCUGGCUAUAAGCAGCUCUACUUGGAUGUAGAAAAUAUAAGAAAAAGUUCUUAUGAUUCUAGUAACCAGUAUCACGAGGAACUACUAUUGAAGCUUUGGAGUCUGCUGAUGCCUUAUGAAAAACUGAAGGCUAGAAUCACCAAGCAGUGGUCUGACAUUGGUUUCCAAGGUGAUGAUCCCAAAACAGACUUCAGAGGCAUGGGCUUGCUGGGAUUAGUCAAUCUUGUGUAUUUGAGUGAAAAGUACACCAAAGAAGCUCAUCGGAUUCUAAGUCAUUCAAGUCAUCCAACUUUGGGAUACUCCUUUGCAAUAGUUGGGAUCAAUCUAACAGAAAUGGCUUAUAGCUUAUUGAAGAAUAAUGCUUUGAAGUUUCAUUUCUAUAACUCUGUUUCUGGUUGUCCAACAAUGGAACACUUUCAUCAAUUUUAUUGCUAUCUCUUCUAUGAGUUUGAUAAAUUUUGGUUUGAAGAGGAGCCAGAAAGCAUUAUGUAUUUCAACCUUUAUAGAGAAAAGUUUCAUGAAAAAAUUAAGAGACUUCUGUUGGAUUUCAGAGUAAUACUUACCUUAAAAGUAUGA